AUCUCCGUUACCAUUUUCCUUGCAUUCCAAAAUUUCCAACUCCACCUUAAUUCUAAUUGUCACCCGGCUCGAUGGGAGGCUGUGUUAGCAGACCCAAGGAGCUGGAUGACACCAAACCCAUCCCUGCAGAGAAACCUGCAGAAGUCGAGGUGUCCACAAAGCCUGUCGAAGUUGAGGAUCAUGCCCCAGCUCAGGAGGUGAAGGCUGAAACAACCACCAAGCCUGAGAUCAAGGAGGAGCUACUUGUCGACCUAUCAGAGUCAAAACCAGAGGCUGAGAAAACCGAAGUCAUGGCCUUGGCUCCAGAGAUCAGUGAGCAGGUCGAUGCACCAAAGGUAGAAGAGACCGCGCCUGUAAAGGAGGACACACCCAUUGCAGAACAGGUUACUGUCAUCGAGAAGAAAGAAAAGAUGGCCGAGACAAAGGCUGAAGAGGCCAAAAAUGAGGAUGUUGUGGCUGAUAAGGAGUCGGAAGAUAAGGUUUCUUCAUAAAGGGGAGUGGUAAUUUGUUAUAAAAAAAGUUAAACAUCGUGCAAUUCCUUGUCUUUGUAAGCAAAAAAAGAAGGGGCUUUGUGAUGUAUGUUUCGAGUUAUUGUGAUGAUGAUGACUGUUGUAUUUAAGAGAU